AUAACCAGGAACAUUGUUAUUGUCCGGCUGGAACAGGGGUUUGGACUCUUAAUUCCGCUAAAGGGGGGGGGGCUUCUGAGCAUAUCGUGCUUAUAUGUACUCAUAUUUAUACAGUUUAGUCCAAAACUCCGAGUGCUUUGUGUUGUUUUCUAAUUUAAUGAGACAUUUUAUUGUACAUUUUACUGUACAGUGAGGUUCUACGUUAGACACUACACAGGACGAUGUUCCUCGUGUCCACUAGAGGCCACUAGCGUGCACCAGAGCGCUCACUUCCGCAGCCAGCACGCGCAGCAGGUCGAUGACGUCACCAAAGCGCGCACUUGGAGGAGGACCGCAGGGCAUUUGGGACAGAGCCGGUGUUUCACGUGUGUUUUAGAAUUUUUACUUUAAAAGCACGUGUUUGUGCAGUAACACGAGAAAACAUCAUCAGAUAUAACUCGCCUCCUCGAGCGCUUUAUGGUAUUUUAAUCAACAACAAAAGCUCGUGCACUGUAGACUCAUUUGUCCAUUUUUUACUUGUAUAAAUACCCGUCACGUGCUUCCUGGGGAUGCUCCAGGAUGGAUGGAGGGACACCAUCACCGUGCUGCAGAUCUGCUCAUGAAGGCUUUCAGGGAAGCAUCAAGAACUCACCCCAGGACUUUGUAGUGACCGAGAUAGAUGUUCAUGGUCAACUCGUCAACAGUCCAGAAACUCUGGAGGAACCUGUGAAGGUCAGGAAUGAUGCUGAGAUCAGAGAGCUUCCUCACAAAGACAAGAUCAGAGCAGACCUGACUGAGGAAACACCUCCCAGUGAUGAUGUGGGCUUGAAUGAUGGUGAAGCUUUGAGCCAGGACUCAUUUGACCUGAGCUUAAUUCUGAGCUGUUCUGUCAUGAAGAACUUGGAAGAGUUUGCCAGCAUGGUCCAGGGUUGUGGUGAGGUGCAGGAGAACUCGGAGAUGUCCCUCGGAACCUUUCCGGAUAAACCCCAGCGAGCCAUCGUGCACAGUGCAGUGAAGUACAAUUACCCUUUCCUCAUGACGGUCACCAACCGUGAGGAGAUCCUGGUCAGAGAGGACCCAGACUUCAGAGAACUCUCAGGUUUAGUAUCCGUGGAGGAAGCAGAGGAUUUCUUCAGGUUUAAAGAUGCUAAAGUUCCUGGCUCCACGUUCAGCUUCCUGCCCGAUGACGUGAAGGAGCACCGAACGUCCGUUCACCAUCUUAUCAGCAGAAGGUUCGGAAAGCUGAUGGAGACGAAGAGCUUCGUGACUCAGGGAGGAACCGCUAUCACGGUGAGGCUGAGAGAGCGAGGGAGACCGGUCAGGAAGAGGACAGCAGCAGAUCGGGAGGAGAAGGAUAUCUACACGGGUUUCACCCUCAGAAAAGAAAACCUGGAGACUUUAGAGGCCAUCAGCUACAUGGCAGCAGUUCUUGGAGUUCUACCAUCUGAUUUCUCCUACGCUGGCAUCAAAGACAAGCGAGCCAUCACCUACCAGUCCAUGGUGGUGAAGAAGAUUUCUCCAGAGCGGUUGCUGGAGAAGACCUACAUGUUUGAGAAGAAAGGAAUACAAGUGUCUAAAGUCCGCUCGGUGUCCGAACCCCUCCGUCUCGGGAGGCUAGCAGGCAACCGUUUUGACCUGGUCAUCUGGGACCUGAAGCCCCACAGGUGUACUUCAGAGGAUCUAGAAAGUCUUGUGAAGGAGGCUGUGGAGAACGUAAAGACUCGGGGCUUUGUGAAUUCUUAUGGACCACAGAGGUUUGGGAGUGGCCAGAAGGUUCAGGCUGACCAGGUGGGACUCACACUCCUGAAGGAGGACAUGAAUACAGCUCUCAGGAUGUUCCUGAGUCCAGAGGAAGGAGAUGACCUGGAAAAUAAAGCCAAGCAACACUUCCAUCAGACAGGGAACGCCAAAGAGAGCCUGGCUCUGAUGCCCCCACACAAGGCCAGAGAGAGGCUGAUGCUGCGAGCCCUGCACCGCUACGGCGGAGGCCCCGAAGGCAGCGGUCAGGCCUGGCUCAGCCUGCCACACGGGAUGAGGGUCUUUUACCUCCACGCCUACUGCAGUCGUGUGUGGAAUGAAGCGGCAGCCUUCAGGCUGCGGACUCUCGAACCCAGGCCUGUACAGGGGGACCUGGUGGUACGUGCAGCACAGGAAGAGACCCAGGUGUCACAGGUCCAUGUUGUUACAGCUGCAGAAGAGCAGGAGUGCGUCUUCUUACUAGAUCAGGUGGUUCUCCCGAUGCCAGGCAACAGCGUGAAGUACCCGGAGAACGCGCUGGGCUCCUGGUAUAAGGAAAGGCUGGAACAGGACGGUCUCAGCUCGUGUAGAUUCAGAAUCCCCUCGCUGAAGCUCAACGUCCCGGGCUGCUAUCGCCCCCUACUGUCUUACCCCCAUAAUGUCUCCUACAGCCUGCACACUGAGGUGGACAUGCCGGACACUGGGCCCUGUAGAACCAGCCUGGAGCUCUCCUUUAACCUGAACGCAUCCUGUUAUGCAACUGUCUGUCUCCGAGAAAUCAUGAAGUGUGACCUGUAGGAGUUCCAGAUCAGGAGCAU